UUUCAAAGCUGAGAGGAGGCCUUGCUUGAUAUUGUUAGAACAGGGAUUUCGGUGGGAAAUGCCCAGAGGUUGCAGUUCUUGAUGAUCUCAUAUUGACGGCAGCAGCACAGUGCUGAGUGAGCAAGGGUGACCUGAGCUGAAUGGGAGGAAAGGAAUGGUGGAAAGAGAAGCAGCAGCAACAGCAGCAGCAGCAGCAGUGUGUGGAAAAGCAACAGCCAGAGCAAAGGAGAGAGAGGAGCCGAGAGAGGGGAAAGGGCUUGCUUAAGAGUGCCUGCCAGGUGUACUGAAAAAUCAGGCCGUUUGUGGGAAUGAAUACAAGGACUGUUUCACUGCCUAUAGAUCAACGCUUGUCCUCGGACUGAAUUUGUGUAGGGCGCACGCAGGUGGGGGGAGGGUGGCGGAGAGCUUGACAGCUCUCUUGAAUACAAUGCUAAGUUAUGCAUAAUGAUUUGGCAAGACAGCCUGGGAAAUGCUGCCGCUGCAUGAAAUGCUUUCAUGUAAAUCCUAGUUACGGAUGCGUAUAAGACAAGUGGCUUGGAUAUAAAGGUGAAGGGGGGGAAGAAAGGCAAGGAAGCAAUGCAGGGAAUGUCGUAAUAAAGGUCUGCAUUGGGUCGUCUCCUCGAAAAAAGGAGGGGGUGAAGCCACGAGAAAUCAGGCUCAUGUGGAUGGUGGCGUUGACAUGCGGUUGGGCUGAAUUCUGAGAGAUGCUAGACAUUAAAUCUGACAACUCUGCGCAGAGAGACCAUGGAGAAGUCAAGUAGCGAGGAUUCCUCAAUUCACCGGAGUCCAUCUUUGGAUAGCAAGGACUCAGACUUUGCUAAACCUUCUACCUCAGGCAGGCAGUUUGGCCGAGGCUUCACUGCUGGAGCUUUCUACGGUACCGCUGGAUCACGCACAAAGAACCAGAAUACGGCCCCCACCGGGACUGGUGGACAGAGUGACAAAUGCAAUGCACCUAAAGGCAGCAAAUACGUAGUCUUUUACCUGGAUUUAUCAUUUGUUUUCCUUUUAGAAUUUAAGAAGUGCAGCAUGGCGAGAGGCUGCUUGUGUUGUUUGAAAUACAUGAUGUUCCUUUUCAAUCUAAUAUUCUGGUUAUGUGGCUGUGGGCUCCUGGGCGUUGGAAUAUGGCUGUCAGUGUCACAAGGAAACUUUGCCACGUUUUCCCCCAGCUUCCCAUCUCUGUCAGCUGCCAACCUAGUCAUUGCCAUUGGGACCGUCAUCAUGGUGACCGGCUUCCUGGGGUGCUUGGGUGCUAUCAAGGAAAAUAAGUGCCUUCUCCUUAGUUUUUUCAUUGUUUUGCUGAUCAUUCUCCUGGCUGAGCUGAUACUACUAAUAUUGUUCUUUGUUUAUAUGGACAAGGUUAAUGAAAAUGCAAAGCAAGAUUUAAAGGAAGGUCUCAAGCUUUACAACACAGAGAAUAAUGUCGGGCUGAAGAAUGCAUGGAAUAUCAUUCAAGCAGAGAUGCAUUGCUGUGGGGUUACGGAUUAUAAAGAUUGGUACCCAGUGUUGGGUGAAAACAUUGUUCCUGACAGAUGCUGCAUGGAAAAUUCACAAGACUGUGGUCGGAAUUCCACCAACACAAGUUUAGUGUGGAAAACGGGUUGCUAUGAAAAAGUGAAGAUGUGGUUUGAUGAUAAUAAGCAUAUUCUUGGGACAGCUGGGAUGUGUAUCCUUAUAAUGCAGAUACUGGGCAUGGCUUUUUCCAUGACUCUCUUCCAACAAAUUCACAGGACUGGUAAAAAAUAUGAUGCCUAAACCAAUGCAUUUUAAACACAUCAGCACUUCUGUCUUGCCAUUGGGGGAAAACCACCCUGAAAAAAAAGAGGAUCAAGCGUUGUCCUACUUGGGCCUCCAUCCCAUCAAUCCCUGGACUUAUUUUUUGUUUCUUCUCAUUCACCAUUUUGCCAAAGAGGAGAAGAAAGCUACUGAAAAGAAAUCACACCGAUCCAGAGAUCCACCUUUUAAACAAACCCUAGUAUUAUUUAAGGAAUGGUUUUAAGUAGCCUGUGAAUUCUAUACAGACUUAUCUGGGAGUAAGUCCCAUUCAACUAUAUGAGACUUAUUUUUCCAAGUUGAUGUGCAUAGGAUUGCAUUGAUACGAUAUUAAUCUGUGUUAGACUUAUGAGGGUAACCUAUGUUAACUUCUAGAAGGAGCUCUUUGAUGCUUCUCUCACAGAUCAACAAAUUGCUUUUGCCCAACAUGAUGCAUGGAGACUUGAAAAGAAAGCUACUCAGAUGGAACUGCUUGGAUUGAGUUUUGGGGGUGGAGAGAGGUUAACUUUUUCUAUCUUAAUGUGUAUUUAGUAGCCUGAUUUAUAACUUUUUACUGUGUUCUUCCCUCCUUUUUCCUCAUGCUUUUCUCCCAGUUCUACUCCGCAGUUUUUAAAGAAUGCCAUUUUUAGAGUUUGUUAUUUAGAACUAGAAAGAAAGAUGUAGCAGUUUCUAUUACAAUUAUCAUAGUCUUUUCAGCCGAGCCCUGAUGUGAUACAAAUAGACUCUGGGAUGGACACCUGGAACUUUUUAGAUAUACAAUUAAGACUGUAAGUGGACACCUUGAAAUUGCAAUAUAGAAAUGAAGCAAACAUGCCUAUGCCAGAAUUGGCCGCUGCCUGCCGGGGAGUAGUUUGUGACCAACAUUAUGUGGAAAGGUCCUGAGUCUCUUGAAAGAUCCUGAGAGCCUUCAAAUGUACGUGCUACUUCUUUAUUCUUGGUGUCUUACAACACUAUUAGAACUGCAUACAUUUGAUGCGGUGUGCAUUAGUAAUCGGGAUUAUCCCUCUAUUCCUUCCAAAAUCUGGGACUGAGUGAAAGGUGGCUUAUCAGUCCUUAUAACUAACAGGCACUUCUGUGAUGCUUAAAAUAGUGACCAAGCUUUGUUCUUCUGAGAUACUUGUCACACAAAUAAUAAAUGAAUAAAUGAAUAAUUCCUGUGAGCUCAAUUUACCCACCCAUCCCCUCACAGUUUGCCCACUGUGUCUCCUAUUCAUCCACCGCUGUCAAUGAGGAUAGCUUAAGCUCCAUUUAAUAUAUUUUCAUUGUUCAAUCGCCUAAAAUUGCAGUGUUAUAACAGAAUGUUUUGCUCUCAGCAGAAAUGCGCUGUUGCACUUUUGCUACAGUCAUUGCUUUGAAGAUUUAUCCCUCCAAUCAGUAGAUUUUCCCAGAGCUUCAGGCCGAAAAUAGUUUUGUCUAAAAGUGGCUGAUUAUAGCUUUUGCCAAGAUCCUAUUCACUGCUGGGAGAGGGUAAAGCUCCACUGGUACACUUCCCUCUCUAGUUCAGUGCAUUUUUGGAGCACUUCAUGGUCAAUUAGUAACAGAAGGUCUCUCAACCUCCCAGGAAAAUACUGCGAGAUCAUCACUGAAUCAGUAUUUUAUGCCUUAUGUGUGCCCUUGUGUCUUCCAAGACCUCAAAUCUACAAGAGCCACAGAACAUGGGGGUACUCACAUUGAAAACCUAUAGUGCUAUUAACUGCCUUAUUUCCAUCCAAAACCUCGGUUUUUGAGUCUGGGUGAGGGACUAGGAAUCUAAAUGCUUCUCCCUAAAUUAUAAUAAUAAUAAAACUUUAUUUAUACCCCGCUACCAUCUCCCCAAGGGACUCGGUGCGGCUUACAUGACGCUGAGCCCAAAGUACAUCAACAGCAAAAGCAAUAAGAAAACAAUGUAUUGUCGAAGGCUUUCAUGGCCGGAAUCACUGGGUUGUUGUAGGUUUUUUCGGGCCUCUAGACCAUGGCCAUAUAGCCCGAAAAAACCUACAACAACCCAAUAAGAAAACAAUCAAUACAACAGUUAAAAUAAAUCUCAUAAACAAAAGUAAACAAUAAACAGUAACAAUAACAACAAGCAUUUAAAACCUAUGGCUGGGUCAAAUGAAAUAAUUUAAAAAAAAUUAAAUUGCCAAACCCUGUAUUCUUUAGGAUGUAAUUUUGGCAACUAAAGUGAAACAACAGCACUAUAAUUCUGUAAUUUGAAUUUACCUUCCCCUUUCUGUGGGUAAAUUGUGGAGCUUGCACUGCCUGUAGGCUCCUCUCUUUACUUACCAAACUAUAGAUGUGUUGACAGGUAAGCCAUAGAAUCCAAUAUAGGUAGCUUUUUACAUCUUCAGAAUCUAUAUAAAUAAAAAUGUAAUGUUCGUUUGUGGGAUUAACAGAGCUCAAAAACCACUGGACGAACUGACACCAAAUUUGGACACAAGACACCUAUCAAGCGAAU